AUGGCUAAGAAGAAACCUGAUAAAUCUAACGAUCCUCCGCCUAAAGAAAAGGUAAAAACGAAAGGUAAACCUUCAGAACCUCCUAAACAAUCCAAAGAUGAUAAACCUACCCGAGGAAUUGCCAUUGGGGAGAAUUUUGGUUGGACUGGGAAGUUACCUAUGACUUUAUUAUAUGAACACUGUCAACGUCAAAAAUGGUUAAAACCAACUUUUGAAACCCGUCAAAGUAAAGAUGGCGUCCUUACCAUCAUAACUUUACAAUGGGAGAACCCAAAAACCAAAGAAUUGAUUAAAAUCAGGUAUAAUCCCAAAAUCUCCAAACCUACAUCAAAUGAAUCAAGACAUACCACCGCUACUUAUUGUCUUUACCGUAUAAAUUUCAAGAAGAAUAUGAAAAUGGUACUACCAGUGAUAUUCAGAAGUUACUGGGAUGAACUUGAAGCCGAACGGAAGACCAUAGCUCCAGGAUUACACGAUUUGAUUUAUAGUGAGAAUCCAUUCCAGAGCUAUUUGGAUAAUAAGAAAGCCCAAGAAGAGAAAGCUAAGCAAAGAGAGAAGAAAGAUGUUGAUAAAAGAGAUACAAGUCACGUGAAACAAUUCCAAGAAGCUGUUAAACCCAAGAUCAAGCCCAAAGAAUCGGAGAAAAUCUCCCCUCCUGAACCUAUAAGAUUCUCCAAGAAAGCUUGGGAUAAUUCACCUAUCUUUGACAUCCAUCCGGACUUAAGAGAACAAUUAGAAGAGGAGUUAAAGAAUUAUCCAUGGCCAUCAGAAUUAGAAUCUUCUGCAUCGACUGAUUAUGUACUGAUCUUGAAAAACCUUGGAUUCAAAGAUAUUCAUAUCAAUGAGUGUUUGAAGUAUACUGGGGACUUAACAGAUUCUUUGGAAUGGUUGAUAUUUUACUUGCCCACUGACGAAUUACCGGAAUCAUUCAAAAUGACUAGUUAUAAUUCUCCCAUGAGAGUUACUACCACACGUACGGUAGCUGGGUUCAGUAAUUCUGAAGUUAAACGAGUCAUGGCCGACGUUAAGGAUGAUAUGGUGGUAGUGAAACUUACCCAAUCGUUAGUUCAACACAAAACUCAAGAUAUUGAACUUAUGGAAUGGGAUCCAGAUUUCGACACUUGGGACGAGGAACUCGAGUCGUUGAAAACUACAGGUCACAACGUUACCGGUACCACCAUAGCACAAAAGAAGUACACUUUGAAGUUAUAUAAACCUUCACAGUAUCCUAAUGAGUUACCCGGAUUGGAACUUCAAUCACCAAUACCUAAUUAUACCAAACGGAAGAUAAUCACCGAUGUUCUUACAUACAUUGUUGAUAACCAAUACUUAGGUACACCAAUGGUAUAUGCCAUAAUAGACUGGCUUGAUGAGAAUUGGAAGAAAUGUGUCAAUAAUCCCGGCCCAUUAUAUAUUGAGCCUUCGAAGAAUUUGACCGUGAGCCAACAAACCACUAUUUCUAAACGUUCCAGAAGAGUUCACAUCGAUGAAACCGCUGUUAAGAAAGCUCAUACCGAUAGAGUUACUCAUAAGAACCACGAAACCAUGAUAUCCCAACGUUCGAAUUUACCAGCUUGGGGGAAGAUGGAAAAAAUCCAACAACUAGUCACCAACAAUAAGAUCGUGUUAGUUACAGGGGAAACUGGAAGUGGUAAGUCCACCCAAGUAGUCCAGUUCAUCAUAGAUUCACUCAAUGAACAAGGGGAUUUCAAAUCCACUAUAUUUGUCACCCAACCUCGUCGUAUUUCCGUUCUAGGGUUAAGUGAUAGAGUCAGUGAAGAACGGUGUGGGAAGGUAGGACAAGAAGUUGGUUAUAUCAUCAGAGGUGAUAGUGUUGUAAGCAAUACCACUCGUAUUACCUUCGUCACUACGGGGGUGCUUAUAAGGAUGUUGAAUGAUACUGAUAGCUUGAAGAAUGUUAAAUAUAUCAUAGUGGAUGAAGUCCAUGAACGGUCAGUGGAUUCAGAUUUCUUAUUGAUGUUACUCAAAAGACUUCAAUCCAAACUUCCUAAGCUUAAGAUUGUUUUAAUGAGUGCUACCAUUGAUAAGUCCAUUUUCGAUUCUUUCUUCCAUGAUAAAGUUGGUCAUAUUCAUAUUGAAGGAAGAACUUUCCCUAUUGAUGAUUACUAUCUUGAUGAUGUCAUUGAAAAGACUGAUUUCAAGAUGAUAAUCAAUGGAGCUAUGAUCAAUCCUCGUACCGAUGCCCAGUUCUUCAAAACAGGUCAGAUCAAUUAUGAUUUGAUCGUAUCAUUGGUGGAAUAUCUUCAUCAACAGAACGAAGAAUCCAUCUUAGUAUUCCUCCCAGGGGUCUAUGAGAUCAAUCAGCUAGUUAAGAAACUCCAACACAUUCCAAGAAGAAUUCUCCCCCUUCAUUCUGGAGUUGCCCCUCAAGACCAAAAACUGGUGUUCAAACCAGGUAAUAAGGUGGUAGUAUCCACCAACAUCGCCGAGACCUCUAUUACUAUCCCUGAUUGUACCGUGGUCAUCGAUAGUGGUCGUGUAAAAGUCAUGGAUUAUGUGGCAUCCACCGCCUCCACCAAAUUAGUGGAAAAUUGGUGUUCCAAAUCUGAAGCUCUUCAAAGACGUGGUAGAGCUGGGAGAGUCAAACAAGGGAAAUGUUUCAAACUUUAUACCAAAGAUACCUACGAACUGUUCAAACAAUCUGUGGUCCCAGAGAUCACUCGUAUCAAUCUUGAUAAUCUUUAUCUCAUGGUCAAAUCCAUAGGUAUAGACGAUGUGGAGACUUUUUUGAUGUCAGGGAUUGAUUCUCCUAGUAUUGCCAACUUGAAAGUUUCGUACACCAACUUAAAUAUGAUGGGAUGUUUGAAACAUGACCGUUUAACCAGUCUUGGGAAGUCCAUGAGUUUGAUCCCUACCGAUUUGGUACAGGGAAAAUUGAUCAUUUAUGGGUCGAUUUUUGGAUGUGUGGAAAAUUGUAUUAUCAUCGCUGCCGUUACCACCUUAGGUUCUCCAUUCAUGAGAACGUCAGACAUGGAUUUAAGGAAUACCAUCAAGGGACUCCUUGCACUGUACAGUAAAGGUAAUGGAGAUCUUAUUGGGUAUGUUAACUUAUUUAAAGCUUUCAAGAAUGCUGGAGCCAAAAGUAAGUUCAUUAAGGACAACUAUCUUUCAUUUAAUGCCGUUAAGGAUAUCAUGAGUACCAUCUCUCAAUAUAGAACGAUCUUGAAUGACCUAAAUUUCAAGAUUAAUGAUAGAAAUAGUGACAAUAUGGGGAUUUUAAAGGCCAUCAUCACCGCGGCUUAUUACCCUAGACUCGCUAAGGUCAGUUACCCCGAUACCAAGUACGUUUCCACCACUUCAGGGUCUUUAGAAGUAGAUGCCGAUGCCAAAUUAACGAAAUACUUUAUUCGUAAUCAUACAACCAACGAGAUUUCUCGAGUUUUCGUUCAUCCUGGAUCCACCAUGUUCUCAGGUAAAGUUUAUAACGACAUAGAUACGGAUCCUGAUACGGUCCCAGAUUUGACUCCUGUGGUGGAAAAAUUGGCUUCUAAACCUCCAUUCAUGGUGUACGGGUCAUCUCACAUGACCAGUAAACUUUUCAUCAACGAAUUAACACCAACCUCAUGUGCUGCCGUCAUAGUGUUCGGGAAUGAUAUGAUGUUUGACAUUUCAACCUUGAACAGUCCAGGAAUUGUCAUAGACGGAUGGUCUAUUCGUGCUUGGUGUAAGAAUGCGGUGGUAGCCAAAGUAGCUAGAUUCCUCGUUGAACGAGCCAUUGAAGCCGCAUUAAACGGUCAAACUGUAGAUAUCCUCAGCAUGGUAGAGAAACUUUUUUAG